CUUGUUUUUCUGCCUCUUUUCUCAGUCUCGUUUUGAUUUUAGUCUGAAAGAACAGCAAAAGUUUAUACUUUGGUGCUUGUUCAUUUGUUGCAUUCUCAGGAGGAAGGCAAAGUCAGCCGUGCCGUUCGAAACGCCAUCCCAUCUCAUCCAAGCUCAAGCGCAAGUUCAGCGUUUUUGUGAAUCAACCCUGACUGGUUGACGGUGGUGGUGCUCAACAACCUCAAGAAGUCACAAGCUCGCCUCUCACGAAACAAGACAUCCUGCAAUUUUUUUUUCUUUGGGGAAACUCAAGAACCAACACCAUCACCAUGGACCUCUCCGAAUUGUCUGGAUGGGACCCAAACCUCUCGCUGCAGGAGCACACGGCCAACCUGCUCGCGAUGGACGACUCGACCAUGGCCGCCAUGAUUUUGCACAGCGACGGACUGUCCCUGUUCCGCGACAUGGGCUUGUAUAACUCGGUCUCGACGUCGCUGGACAUUUCCGGCAUUCCCAAGUUUCCUCCGCCGCCACAGCAGCCGCAGUUGGCCCAGGCACCCCCACGACGAGGCCACAACCAAAGCAGCUCGUCGGACUCACACUCGACCCCAUCGCCUGGGUCGGUCCUGUUCUCACCCUCACCCGCGUCGCAGGACAUGUCCCUGCAAUCUCCCGAAUUGGGGCUUGUGGGCCUCACGGGCAACUCCAGGCUGGCAUCCACCUCGGAGGCGGACGACAUCUUGUUGGCCAAUAUUCUCGGCCACCCCGUCCGUUCCGUUUCUGCCAACACGAGUAUGGUCGGGCUGCCCGAUGACCUCGGCUUCUCGCCCACCACUGGUAUGGAUUUGACCAUCACUGCCACCAGUCCGGCAACUGCCGACUCUUCAGCAAGCGCCACGGCGUUCCCCGCGGCCAGCCCAAUCGCUUCGCCGUCGGUAUCAACCAGCAGCGGUCCCGUCACCGUCGGUGGGACAUCCGCAGCGCUCGCCGCGCUGACGCCCGACCGCAUCAAUCGGCUCUUGAGUGCCGCCGAAGCGGCCGCAGAGGGCGCCGCAACUCUUGUGGAAGACCUUCUGAUGGUGACCGAGGAGCCAGCCCAGUUUGCUCGCUUCCGUUACAUGAGCGAGCAGCGCGAGCGCUCUCUCGCCGGCGAGAACUCAUUCCCCACCCUCAUGGUCAAUCCCAAGUAUGCACGUGUCGUCCCUGAAAUGGCUCUCGUCACUGCUGUUCUGGUGACCAAGAUGCCCGAUCCGCACACGGGUCGCCAACAAAAACACUGGCACCACCUCGGCGGCAUUCCCGCAGCUCCACUGGAGGGCCCACAGCGCAUUGCGCGCUUUGACAACAUUGCCGUCAUCAUGGACAAGGCAAACAACAAGGACAAGGACAAGUCCAAGGCGCCCGUUCGAAGCAAGGACGACCAGCGCUGCGUUCGCAUCAUGUUUGAGCUCGUUUUCGUUUCUGGCAACACUCAGUUUUACGGCCGAGCAAUCUCUCAGCCCAUUUACAAUGCGAAACUGGCCAUCACGAAAAUUUCACACUCUUCUGGACCGGUGACUGGCGGCAACGAAGUCAUUAUGCUCUGCUCGAAAAUCCGCAAGGGAGUGACGGGCGUGCGCAUGACCGACCCGACGCAGUGGUCUGUGCAAGCCCCAUCCGGUUCCGCCUGGGAGCUCAAUCCGCAAACACUCAAGGCGGACUGCAAUGUACCUGGCGCCAACUUGUUCUUCCACCACCAGUAUGCGGUCGUGCUGACCCUGCCCCCGUACCACACGCAAACCAUCACUGCGCCAGUGACGGUGCGCAUUUCGAUUUUGGACACGGACGACGAGACAGAAUCGCAGUACGUCGAGUACACGUAUCUGCCCGCAGAGGCUGCCGUCCGCAACGCCGAGCUGGCUGCGCGCAAGCGUCGCCGUGAUGACAGCAUGCGCGACUUUAUGGACCGCUUUGACGGUUCUGACGGUGGCAAUGGCAGUGGCAGCGGCCGAGGCAAUAACGGUGGACAUGAUGGCAGCGAUGCCAACAACAACGGUCGCGGCGGCGGCGGCGGCAGCAGCAGCAGCAAGGGCGGCGACGAGCCCUUCAAUUUCAACAGCCUCAUCCCGAUGCACCAGCACAAGUUGCAUCAGCUUGCUCUGUCGACUGUUCGUGCCGUUCAAGGCUUUGCAGCGUCUGGGGACGCACGUUAUUUGCUUGCUCUGCAUCGCCAAUUGCUCGCCGCACCAAACGAGAAUGGCGACUCACCCUUGCACACCGCAGUCGCCCAGGGCAACUUGCGUUCGACAAUGGCCCUGCUGCCGCUCCUGGCAGCCGAGGAUUUGCAGAGUGUCAACGACAUGGGCGAGACGGUCCUGCAUUCUGCUGUCAUUGAAAAGCGAGCUGCCAUCGCACGGCUCUUGCUCGUUGCAGGCGCAGACCUGGGCCAGAGCAAUGCGCGCAACUUCAACCGUAACAGUCUGCACUAUCUUGCCCGACACGGCGAUCGUGCAACUGCGAUGGCAGUGUUUGGCGUUUUCGGCUCCGCCCAGGCACCACCCGCCAAUACCAACACCCCUGCACAGGCGCCAGCUGGUGAGACAAAGCCCAAACCUGCCGAUCUGCGUCUUUUGGCACGCAUCCAAGCUCAAGCCAUCAAAGCCCUUCUGGCUUGCGAGCUCGAGACUGGCGCAACUCCUGCGCACCUUGCCAUCCGCGGCGGACACUGGCAUGUGUUUGAAGCUUGCGCCAAGCUUGCUGCUAGCGCCCCGAUUCCGAAGGCUGCCGGCUCGCUCUUGUCAAUGGUCGCCGAAAAGUCGUCGGGACACUCCUUGUUGCACUCGUGCGUUUUGGCCAACAACGAGCAGGCCGUGCGCUUGCUGAUCAACCUGGGAGCUUCAGGCAAUGCGCGCGACUUUGGCAAGAACACUCCCUUGCACCUGGCUGCUCGCCAGGGCCAUAUUGGCAUCGCCGCUCUCCUCGUCGAGGCCGGCGCCACGCUGUCCCUGAAUGCGGUUUCUCAAACACCACUCGACGUCUUGACUUCCGAGGGGUCUGGCCUGUCCCGCGACCAGCUCCGUGCUCUUGUGGCGGUCUUGCGCGGCGAGCUCAAGUAUGCCGACAUGCGUGGACGUCCGACACUGCGUAUGCCAACGCACGCGGAAUUGCAUUCGACGGCUGCUGCGCUCACGUCAGCUUCCCCUGGCGCCGUAUCUUUGGCUGACUUUUACGCCGGCAAGAAGGCGUCGCGCUCGCCAGCACCUUUGGGCGCUUCUUCGUCGUUGUUGUCGUCUACUGGCGCAUCAGCUGCUGGCGCAUCAGCACCGACAAUUGCGGCUGUCCACGCUGCAUCCGCCACUCCUGUCGAGCGAACCAGCAUGAACAACGAUGAUGACUAUGUCCUUCUCGAGAAGGAUGCUCCUUACCCCGUUGAGCAGCAGCCGCAUGGCAAGCGCAACAAACACUCGCACCACCGCUUCACCCGCAGCAGCCAUGGCUCCCAGGACAAGGACGAGCUCAAGAAGGACAAGGACGAUCCCAAGAAAGAGAAGGAACCCAAGGAGUUGUCCAAGUUUACGCUCAAGGAGGCGUUCGUGGACGGCACCAACUUCUGGGAACUCACCCGCAAGUUUGCUGGCAAGAAGAAGAUGGCGUCGGCCAGCACUGGCGAAAUGGAGCCCUUGUCGCCCGAGCGCCCUUUGUCGCCAACCAAUGCUGGUUCUGGCGCUGCAUCUCCGUUCAACCAGGCGAAGGAACAAGUCUCUCCGGGAGCCGUGCCGCCCACCGGUCUGGAGAAGCUCGUCAACAAAUUGAUGGACGCGUCGGAGGCAACCCUGUCGUCGCAGCCUGCUGAGGCCGUUACGCCCGAGCAGAAGCUUGCCGAGAAGCUCGAAAAGCUCGGGUUGGCUCCCGCCUCGACCACUUCUGCACCACCGCCGCAUCCCAAGGUGGCGGCAUUGAAUGCUCAGUCGGUUGAAGACGCACGCAAGACUUCAACACAUGCCCUCUACAGCGUCGACUAAACAUAACGCGGGAAAAAAAAAAAGUGCGUUCUUGCUGGUCGUUUCGCUUUUCGAUUUCGUGUGAAAUGCAAUUGUUAAUUUACAUUUUGAGCUUGUAUUGUAACGUUUUUUGUUUAAACUUUCUUGUGUUGUCUUGUGCUGGCAGUGUGAUUGCAAUAGAGAGUUUGUGUAUGCAUA